UACCGGUUAACUGGCCGGUUAAACCGAUAACCGCCAGUUACCGGUUAACCGGCUAACCGAAAAUCAAGGCGUCGGGCGGUUGUCGGUAGCAGGUUCUACUGUGCCUGUUAACCGGCUAACCGAUGGUUGUAACCAGCGGUUAACCGCCUAACCGGCCAGCUAACCGGCAAGUGAGAAACAACGCAGCUUCAUCUCAAGACCCUCUUCCCGACUUCCCCUGUUCGAUCGACCCUCUUCCCCUUUCCUAACCCUAAUCGACUUCCCCUGUCCUAACCCUCUUCCCAACUUCCUCCAUUUUCUUCUUCUCUGUCGAGUGCUGCCGCCGACUGCCAGAGGAACCUUCUCCCUCUCCGUCCCUGAAGGUCGCCGCCCCAUUCUCCCUUCUCCCUUCAGGCCUUCACUCCUUUGCUCGCGAGUCGUGACCCAGUAACCUCCAGUCCGCCAUCCAACCCGUCGGCGCCGCCACUCCUCUGCUCGCCGCCACUCCUCUGCUCGCCGCCAGCCAACCCGUCACAUCGUCAGAAUCCAGCAAAUGCUCAAGCAAUGGCACAGGAAGGCCCGAGCCAACGCCUCUUCAUCCUCCGCCUCCUCGUCCUCGGGCUCAUCGCCGUCGCUCUCACCGUCGAGAGCCGCCGCGGCGGCGCCAUCCGACGUUCCGGUCGGCCACGUCGCCGUCUGCGUCGGGGCGAGCUGCCGGAGAUUCGGCGUCCGUUCGACUCACCUGAACCAUCCGAUCUUCAGGCGCGUCCUCGCCUAGGCCGAGGAGGAGUUCGGGUUCGCCAACGUCGGGCCGCUGCGGAUCCCCCGCGAGGAGCUGGAGUUCGAGGAGAUUUUGAAAUUGGUGUCGAGAUCCGAUUCGAUCAGGAGGUUUCUGCAUCUGGAGGAGAUUCAGCGGUGCGCUCACUCCUGUGUUGUUCGGAGGAACAACAACAACAACAACAACGGGGAGUUCGUCGGAGAUUUGAGGCCUUUGCUCCGUGGUUGAGAUCGUCAGAGGGAUUUUGGUGGUCAGAUUAGCUAGGGUGCUGACUCGUUGGCUCACUGAGUCGAGAAAGGUGAACUCAGUGGCCGAGUUUAGUUUUUUUUGUGUAAACGGUGUCUCUAGCUGUGUUUAGGUAUCCAGUGAUUUUCGGUAACCGAGUAACUAACCGGUAACCGACCGGUCGGUUGCCGGCUAACCGAAGGAUUAGAUCGGGAGGUUGUCGGUAGGCUUCCUCCCUGGCGCGGUUAACCGGUAACCGACAUUUCGGUUAUCAGUUAUAACCGAACUAACCGAAAUGCCAGCCCUAAUAGAUAAGCAGCCAUUAUACCAUAUGACAAUUGAGCACAUAGAAAUACAAUUAAUGGAAUUAAUAGACAAAAAGUGGUGGAUCUCUCUAGCUAGUUUUGACUUUGGUGGAGGAGCAAGAUCUUCUUAACCCAAGAAAUUAUGGGCAGAGAAAGUUGUGUUCUGCUGGGCCACAGAUGAUUAUGAUGAUUUGGCAUAUAUAUGUGUGUGUGGAGUGAAAUUUCUAGUCAGUACUGCUGCCGCUGCUGCUUGGUGGUAUGGUAGUAGUGGGUUGCCGGCUAGCUUUAGGCUAGUUGGUGAAUGGUGUAACAUUACAUAUUAUGUUAUCCAAAUUUUCAAGGGCCGUAAGAUCUCCAGCAAGGCGAGUGAGUAUAUACUACAUAUUAUCUGCGGUCCUAAGAGAUAGAUAAGGUCCUCUCUGGAUUUCCCAUUCUUCUUUGUCACUUUAUCCCUCUCUCUCUCUCUCUCUCUCUCUCUCUCUCUCUCUCUCUACGGUGUACUCUUCUUCACAAUCACCACCACCCAAAUUAUUACAACCAUUUUUACCAAAAAAAUGUAUUAUAUAUUACAAACUUAAUCACUGUUCACUACCCAUUACACUGACCAAGAGAUAGUUCAACCGUAAAGUUUGUUGGUUUCGAUAUCGAAAUCUCAGGUUCGAUUCUUAGGGGCGUAGAAAGAAACCCUUUAAUAGCACUUCGCUCUCACCUCGGUGGUGAUCGUGGAGAGUGCUCCAAAAAGAUUGACUGUAAAAGUUUCAAUUCAUUUAAAAAAUGUUGUAAGUUAAUGUUAUACUUGUUGUGGUACAAGAAAGGCCAAGCAUGCAUGUGUUCAAGUUUUUUUAUAACAUAACUCUUGAUGUAAGUGAUUGAUUCAAACACAAAUAUGCAAUCGAUUUAUGUCUGACUUCAAAUAAGAUUAAUGGUGUUAUAAUAUAUAUCUACUAUUUGACUUAUCAUCAUGAUAAGUUGAUAACUCAGAAUUGAAUAUAAACAUGAAUUGGGUUUUCACCUAAAAUUGGAUUCGAAUUAUCCAAACUACUAAUUUAAUUAUUUACGGCAUCUCGAACACGACUUGACCUCAGAAAAACAAAAAGGAGCACUAGUAGUCAAGUACGUGGUACAUAUGGGAACCGUGGCUUUGCAAUAAUUUCGUUUGAGGUAGAGGAUGUGUAUCAAUCGUUAUUCAUUUGAAUUAUAUGUUUUGGAACCAUAUGAGAUAUUUACAAGGGAAGGGAGGGAAAGGGGACACAAACAUUUUUUAGGUUCAAGUUACCGAUGUUCUCUUCCACUUCCAAAAGAUAUUUGUGGGAAAUAUCUCAAUUCAGAGUUCAGAAAAAAGAAAGUGGUGCCACUGCCACAACUAUAAUUUCUUCUUCUCGAGUAUUUUUCUUUUUCGAAAUUAAAGAGGUAAAUAGAUUGGAGAAGAAAGAAAAGAGAUGAGCUUAGGUUGGGUCCUUGACCCUCAUCCGAUCCUUAGGUGAUUAGCAAUAAACACAACACGAUCAUCAUCAUCAUCAUCAUCGAACAUCAAUACUCUUUGCAAGAAUGCAUUUAGCUACCCAUAUGUUAUAAUGGUGGUGUGCACAUCAAUUCCUUAUAUAAUCAUUCAUGCCGGACACAUCAGUAGGUUGAAACUACGAUAUUGUAUUUUUAAUCAAAAUUUAGUAAUUAA